AUAACAGCAGUCGAGUGCACAUUUCCUCGUUAAACGAUAACUCAUUAUAAUUUCUGGUAAUUUAUAUGCAAUAAAUGUUUAGACAACUUCUUUUUAUACUUACUUACGCCGUUCUUGUAGUGUUACGUAGGUACACUAGGUAGGUACCUACUGUUUUCGCGUGCUUUGUGAUUCGAUUGACCAGUGUCCGGUGAGUGUGUUUUGCGCGAGUUUUUCCUCUUUUGAAAUACUUAGGUAUUUUUUGUGAAUGGUGAUUGAAUAUUGUUAAUAAUUGAAGAUAAUGGCUCAGUCGAAUCGAAUGGUUACUGUGGAGCUUAGAUCAGCUGCAACUGCUACUUAUACGAGUAGUGCGACCACUGCUACUAGUUCCAGUCAUCGAGCGAUUUCUUACGGUGGGGCUCAAGACAAUAAUGACCCCAGCGUGAAAGAAAACCUGAAAGGAUUCAUGCCAUUGGUUGGCUUGAUCCAAGUACUUGGCUUGUUACCAUUGUUCAUGAUCAUAUAUUGGAUAUUCCAUUAUGCUGGAGGUCUAAAGUUCCCCACAUCGAGAAGCGUCAAUUGGCACAUAGUAUUAUUAUGUAUAAGUUUCAUAUACUUGAAUGGAAACAGUCUUCUUACAUUUCGCAUACUUCGUAAUCAGCCCAAAGACACCCUUAAAUUGAUUCACGCAAUCGGUCAAUCUGUCAGCUGUAUAUUGGCGAUGCUUGGAAUAUGGGCAGCUUUCCCUUCUAAGGGAGGUUUCUUUUCUUAUUACACGUUGCAUAGUUGGAUUGGAAUUUUAACAGUGAUUGUGUAUAUUGCUCAAACGAUUGCUGGAUUGUAUUCGUUUCUGUAUCCGGGCAUUGCGAACAAAAAUCGCGCCUUAUUGAUGCCUUAUCACAGAUUCAUUGGUCAAAUUCUACUUGUAUUGGCUGUCGUAGCAGUGGUGUCUGGGAUCAAUGAGAAAGCUAUGUUCAAACUUGAGAAGACAUACAAGGACCAAUCAUUCGAAGCUAUACUGCUCAAUCUGUCUGGCGUUCUGUUCACUCUAUUCGUUAUCUUCGUAAUUUAUAUCGUGUCUAAUGUGGAUUACAAGAGGUACCCCCGUCUACAAGAUAAUAUGCCCAGUCGAAAUAAAUUAUAAACAAUGUGAAUGUACUCAUUGUCACACGUAUUCAUACAUUGUAUUUCGCUUGUUCAAAUAUGUACCUACUUACUUACCAGAGUAUACUGAUGUUGAAUCAAAAGGUGACCUUUUGUGGUAUUUUUACCCGAAUAAAAUUUUCAUUUGAUAAAA